AUGCGAGAUCUGAGCGGUUCCGUUCUCCCAGGGCUUCUCAGGGCUGGUGUAGCGAUCUUUGAUCUUGAUUUUGAUGCUAUCCUUACUGCUAUGUAUGUUGUGGAUUAUAGUGAGGAGAAUGAGGGUUACCGCUGUUUCCAGCCCGACCCGGGCAUUGGUACUGCUGCGCUAGGUGCUUGUGAGGCUGCUGCUCUAGGUGCCAGUGCGUCUGCGCUCUCAGGUACUGGUGAGACUGCGCUCUCAGGUACUGAGUCGUCCUCGUCCUCCCUCACUUUCACACUUGACUCCGGAGCUUCUCGCUCCUUCUUUCGAGACCGCACUACCCUUACGCCGCUCGGCCGGCCGGUUGCAGUCUCCCUUGCUGACCCCUCUGGGGGUCCUGUCCUGUCUCACUUCUCCACUGUCCUCCCGUGUCCGGCUGCCCCUUCGGGCACCCUGUCGGGUCUGUACCUUCCCUCGUUCUCUACGAACUUGGUGGCUGCGUCGGGUCAGGUACUUGCUGCUGCGUCCCGGUCAGGUCCUGAGUCUGCCCCCUGUUCUUGUCGCCUCCUGUCUCACGAGACUCUCCUGUGGCACCACCGUCUUGGCCACCCCUCCUUGCCCCGUCUUCGGAGCAUGGCUUCCCGUGUCCUUGUCUCUGGUCUUCCCCAGUCUCUCCCUCCUCUCCCCUCCGGGCCAGGACCUUCCUGUGUCCCCUGUGUCGAGGGUCGCCUCCGGGCUACUCCUCACUCCUCCCACUUCCCCCCGACAGAGGCUCCCCUGCAGACGCUUCACAUGGAUGUGUGGGGCCCAGCCCCCGUCCGUGGGCAGGGUUACGAGCGCUACUUCCUGUUGGUGGUUGACGACUACUCGCGUUACACCACAGUCCUCCCCUUGCGCAGCAAGGGUGCGGUCACUGAGGUGCUGAUCGACUGGAUCCGCGAGGCUCGUCUCCAGCUCAGGAAGAGCUUCGGCUCGGACUUUCCUGUUCUGCGUCUGCACUCUGACAGAGGCGGAGAGUUCUCUUCUCGCCUUCUGCGAGACUACUGUCGUGCACGGGGGAUCAGCCAGACCUUCACGCUUCAGGACUCACCACAGCAAAAUGGGAUUGCUGAGCGCCGCAUUGGCAUGGUCAUGGAUGUCGCUCGUACGUCCAUGAUGCAUGCGGCUGCCCCCCAUUUUCUGUGGCCGUUUGCGGUGAGGUACGCGGCGCAUCAGCUCAACCUUCACCCCCGGGUCUCUCGGCCUGCGAUGUCCCCAGCCUUGCUGUGGACGGGGAAGGUUGGCGAUGCGUCUGUGUUCCGUGUCUGGGGAUCUCGGGCGUUUGUCCGCGACUUGUCUGCGGACAAGCUGUCCCCUCGUGCUGCUCCCUGUGUCUUCCUUGAUUUGAGUGAGACCACUUGA